UUUGUCAUUUCCGAGUUUAUGUAAUGUGAAAGUCGGUGAUACUUCCGAUUAAAAAUACCCUUUUCCUAGCAAACUGUACUUUCAUUGAAAACUAUGUUUUUUAAUGUGAUAUGCUUAAUAUAUAUUUAAAUAAAUUAACUGUAGCUCUAUUAAAUCAGACCUAGGCAAUCUGCAUUAUUUUUUGUAAAAUAUGAUUAUGACUAUAGCAUCAACACCGGUUUUUUUAAAUUUCACUGGAAAGGUUUUGACAAGAGGAAUAGCAUCCCAUGUUUCUUCGAAGAUUUUCCCGAGUCCUGUAACAUGGGGAAUCAGACAUAAACAGGCAUUUUUAAAAGUACAUAAGACCUUUCAAAAGUCACUUUUUCGUCAAACACUUACUGUUGCUCAGAAUUCUGCGGCAGGAAUUUCUCCCAAAGCUUCACGUUAUGUUGGAACUUGGUUGAUAUGCUGUAGUGGUAUGGUUGUUGGAUCAGUCAUCUUGGGAGGUAUCACAAGGCUCACAAAGUCUGGACUAUCAAUGGUAGAUUGGCACCUUUUUAAAGAAUUUCCACCUUUAUCUAAAGAACAGUGGAUAUUAGAAUUUGAGAAGUAUAAAAAAUUUCCAGAAUUUAAACAACAAAAUGCCGAUAUGACCUUGGAAGAGUUUAAAUGGAUAUGGUAUAUGGAAUAUGGACAUCGGAUGUGGGGUCGAGCAGUUGGAGCUACUUUUCUUCUUCCUGCCAUUUAUUUUUGGAAAAAGAAAUGGUUUACUAAAGCUAUAAAAAGCAGAGUCCUAAUAUUUGGCACUCUAAUAUUAUGUCAGGGUUUGCUUGGAUGGUAUAUGGUUAAAAGCGGUUUGGAAGAAAAACCAGAACCAGAUGGUGUAGCACGAGUGAGCCAGUAUCGGUUAGCUGCUCAUCUUGGAAUGGCAUUUAUUCUGUACAGUUUAAUGUUGUGGUCUGGUCUUAAUCAUUUGUUACCUCCACAGUCUAUGGAAACAACACAGAAAUUAUUGAAAUUUCGAAGAUUUGCGCAUGGAGCAAAAGGACUUAUUUUUCUUACUGCUUUUAGUGGAGCAUUUGUAGCAGGAAUAGAAGCUGGAUUAGUUUAUAAUUCUUUUCCAAAAAUGGCUGAUCGAUGGAUUCCAUCUGAUAUUACUGCUUUUUCUCCAUUAUGGAGAAACAUUACAGAAAAUCCCACUACCACACAAUUCAAUCAUAGGAUAUUGGGUGAAACAGUGUUUUGUGCUGUGACUGGCCUUUGGUGGUAUUCUCGUAAACUACCUCUUUCUCCAAGAGCUAGAUUAGCAGUAAACUGCAUGUUUGCUAUGGCCUUAAUUCAGGUGAGUCUUGGGAUUGCUACAUUAUUGAUGCAAGUACCUAAACCACUGGCUGCUAGCCAUCAGUCUGGAGCUCUUGCCUUACUUUCUACUGCUAUUUGGUUGACACAUGAACUGAGAAUCUUGAAAAUGAUACCAAAGUAAUUCCACAGUUAAGAUAUUUUAUAAAAGUCAUCUAAUGAACACAUUAUUCACUUUGCGUAGAGAGCAUUUUAAAUGGAUUUACACCCCAACACACUGCAAAAGAAAAUGUUUAAGAGAUCAUUAUAUUUAAUUAAAUGAAAAUAAAAAUAGUUUUUAUUUUA